ACAGAGCAAAGUGAUGAGUGUGCGUUUGCAAGACAGAGCCUGGGGCGCUGGUCAGUCUGUUGUAAGCAGCCUCCAUUCCAUGACGGAGAUGGGGCUGUGUGGGCUAAAUUCCCGCUCCAUUUGAGUUCUAUAGUCUGUCUCCACUUCCUAUUGGCCUGCCUUGCCUACUACUCCCUGUCAAACGGCCAUACUGAAAUAAGCCUUCAAUCAGGCGCACCGGACCGAUUCUACUACGCCCAUGCAGCUGCGGCUGGGGAUGCUGCAGGCUGUUGUGCUGGGCCGGAGUUGGCAACAGAUUUUUAUGUGCGGGGCUCGCCUGAUGCAUCAAUGUGA